AUGGUGGACACAAACUCGAUUAAACGACUCAAAUACCUCCUCUCUCUGACCGACCUCUUCCGCCACUUCAUCAACAAGCGAAUGGAAGGUGACCCCAAGUUCCGCAAGCUUGUCAAUGAACUAGAUCGAGCCUCCAAGGCCCAGAAGAAAACUAGAGGUCGAGGGGGACGAGGCCGGCGAAAAACAGAAAAGGAGGAGGACGAGGAGCUGCUCAACGACAACACGCAGAUGGCCACGGUGUAUACCGAGAGUCCCCCGUUCAUCAACGGUACACUACGAGAGUACCAGGUGCAGGGUCUCAACUGGCUCAUUUCGCUGCACGAGAACUCCAUCUCCGGCAUUCUGGCUGACGAAAUGGGUCUGGGCAAGACGCUGCAGACCAUUUCUUUUUUGGGAUACCUUCGAUACAAGUGCGGCAUCAACGGGCCUCACAUUGUCAUUGUACCCAAAAGUACACUGGACAACUGGCGCCGAGAGUUUGAGAAGUGGACUCCGGAGGUGAAGACAGUGGUACUGCGGGGUGACAAGACGGAACGAGCGGAGAUCAUUGCCAAUGAGGUGCUGACGGCAGACUUUGACGUGGUGAUUUCAUCGUUUGAAAUUGUCAUUCGUGAGAAGUCGGCGCUCAAAAAGGUGGCAUGGGAGUACAUCAUCGUGGACGAGGCGCAUCGAAUCAAAAACGAAGAUUCCAUGCUGUCACAGAUUAUCCGCCUGUUCCACUCCACCAACCGACUGCUGAUCACAGGUACGCCCCUGCAGAACAACCUGCACGAGUUGUGGGCGUUGCUCAACUUUCUGCUUCCAGAUAUCUUUUCCGAAGCCGAAACGUUUGAUCAAUGGUUUGAGGAGAAGGAGGCCGAGGGGGAGGAGGGCGAAAACGACGAGGACAGUGUCGUCAAGCAGCUACACAAGGUUCUGCGUCCUUUCUUAUUGCGACGAGUCAAGAACGACGUUGAGAAAUCGCUGCUUCCUAAAAAGGAGCUCAACCUGUACAUUGGUAUGUCCGACAUGCAGGUGCAGUGGUACCAGAAGCUGUUAGAGAAGGACAUUGACGCUGUGAAUGGCCAGCUGGGUAAACGGGAGGGAAAGACGCGGCUGCUCAACAUUGUUAUGCAACUGCGAAAGUGUUGCAACCACCCUUACCUGUUUGAGGGAGCCGAGCCCGGUCCUCCAUACACCACCGAUGAGCAUCUCGUGUUCAACUGCGGUAAGAUGGUCAUGUUGGAUAAGCUGCUGAAGCGGCUCAAGAGUCAGGGGUCCCGUGUGCUUAUUUUCUCACAGAUGAGCCGAAUGCUUGACAUUCUCGAGGACUACUGCUCGUUCAGAGACUAUGAGUACAGCCGGAUCGACGGCAGCACUGCGCACGAGGACCGUAUUGCGGCGAUUGACGAGUACAAUGCUGAGGGCUCGGAAAAGUUUGUGUUUCUGCUGACUACCCGAGCUGGUGGUCUGGGAAUUAAUUUGACCUCUGCCGACAUAGUCAUUCUGUACGACUCAGACUGGAAUCCACAGGCCGAUCUGCAGGCCAUGGACCGGGCGCAUCGAAUCGGCCAGACCAAGCAGGUUUACGUAUUCCGGUUUGUGACCGAGAACGCCGUGGAAGAAAAGGUGCUAGAGCGGGCAGCCCAGAAGUUGCGGCUCGACCAGCUGGUGAUUCAACAGGGUCGAACGCAGCAAAAGGCCGCCGCCAACAACAGUGAGUCCAAGGGCGACCUGCUGUCCAUGAUUCGGCAUGGUACCGAGGACAUUUUCAAGUCGUCCAAGGGAACGCUCAAGACGGAGGACGACAUUGAGGCAAUUCUACUGCAUGGCGAAAAGCGAACCAAGCAGCUUAAUGAUAAGUUCGCAGAGCUUGGAAUCGACGACCUGCAAAAGUUUUCGACCGAUUCGGCCAUGGUGUGGAACGGAGAGGACUUUCAGCACCGAGUUGGAGCCAAUGGCAUCGGCGCCCCCGACCCCAACGGCAAAGGUUGGAUUAACCCACCCAAACGAGAGCGGCGGGAGCAGCAUUACGGGGUCAACUCGUACUACAAGGAUAUCUUUUUGCUUCAGCAGCAGCAACCUCGAACGAUGCGGCCUCCCAAGCAGGUUCCUCUUGCUGAGCACCAGUUCUUUCCCCCAGGCCUGAAAGCUUUACAGGAUCAGGAACUGGCGUUUUACCGCAAGCAGAUCAACUACAAGGUGCCGUAUGCGGACAUUGAUGUUGACGCUUUGGAGGAGGGAGAGACUAAGGAGAGCAAGCGAGCAGCUCUCAACAAGGAGAUUGCGGACGCGGAGCCGCUGACGGAGGAGCAGGAGGCGCUUAAGCGGGACUAUGAGAGCGAGGGGUUUACCAACUGGACCAAGCGAGACAUGAACAAUCUUGUUCAUCUGAUUGGUCGGCAUGGCCGGGACAACAUGGAGGCUGUGGCACGUGCGUUCCGGGGCAAGGGCGAGGAGGAGGUGUUGCGGUACGCCAAGACGUUCAUGGAGCGGCACACGGAGGUCGAGGGGUACGAGAAGUACAUUGCGGUUAUUGAGCAGGGUGAGGAGAAGCUCAAGCGACAGAGGCAGCAGCAGGAGCUCAUCAAAACCAAGCUCAAGGAGUGCAAGGUGCCGAUGAACGAGCUUCCUAUUGUCUACCCCGCUAACAACUCCAAGCGGGUGUAUUCCGAGGAGGAGGACCGGUUCAUUUUGAUGAUGGUCAACAAGUACGGGCUGGAGCAUCCCAAGCUGUUUGAGAAGAUUCGCAAGGAGAUCAAAAAAUCGCCGCAUUUUCGGUUCGACUGGUUCUUUCUGUCGCGCUCCACCUCGGAGCUUUCUCGACGGUGCACCACGCUCAUGUUGACUCUGUCUCGAGAAGUUGAGGGUCCCAGAACGAUCAAGCGGAAGAGUUUGGGCAAGGGCAAGCUUGAUGACGACAAGCGAAGGAGAGAGAGCGGGACCAUGACUCCCGAUACCGAGGACAGAGGCACUCCCAUGUCUGUUGAGUAG